GCCGCUACUGCGCGUGCGCGAGCCCUGCCGUCCUGCGUGGCCCCGAAGCACGGCGGGGAGCGGCGCGUGCGCGAGACACACAAGCAAAGCGCGGCCGCAAAGUAACGCCAAUUUCGCGACAGCGGGCGGAGGCGCGCGGGAUUUGGCUCCCGCAAAUUCCAGAUAUCUGUGUGGACAGUGUCUCUGAUAAUGGCCACGUGAUGGAUGAAAUUCUGGACCAGAGAAACCAAAGACAAAGCAAGGCUUAAUAAAGCAGUGAAGAGAAACCGAGGAAAGGAAGUUAUUACAUGUCUUACUGAUCAGAAAACUUGUUUCCAAAGUGUUUGGACAAACUACAUGUUUGUGUAGUAAGACCUGAAAAGGUUGGAAGUGUGUGGAGAGCAUGGGUUAUGAUAUUGAGCGUUUUGUUGGCUACGUUAAUGAAGGGCUGUUGUGCUCCAUCUGCCGUGGUGUGUUAGAAGAUCCAUUACAGGCUCCUUGUGAACAUGCUUUCUGCAGUGCUUGCAUACAUGGAUGGCUUGUUCAUCACAGUAACUGCCCUGAAGACAGGCAAACGGUUGAUAUAUCUUCACUACGACCUCUCUACAGAUACAUGAAAAAUGAUUUAAACCGUCUUCAACUACAUUGCAAAAACAGGGAGUCUGGCUGUCAAAUGGUUUGUUCUCUGGAGUCUAUAGACAGGCAUGAAAAGGAGUGUGAAUAUAGUCUGAUACCAUGCUUCAAUAUCGGUUGUACAGUUCAGGUUGAACGACGUAACUUAGAUGGUCACCUGGCAGUCUGUGAAUAUCGGAGCCAUGAAUGCCCCAAUGGCUGUGGUUACUUCAUUCUCAGCGCAGAAGACAUACAGCAUAAUUGCGUAGCAGAGCUAAGAACUGACUUAGAACUACUUCGGUCAGAAAUGAUCUGCAGAGUGGAGGAAGCAAAACAUGAGAUGGAGUCAAGGUUAGAUUCACAGAGAAGGCAUAUGGUCCAAAAAGAGAGUGUUCUGCUAAAUCAAAUUGAAGAAUUAAAGAGUCAGAUGUCACGACUGAUGUCGGAUGUAUGCUCUCUGAUGGCUGCAGAGAGACAGCACCGUCAAGAGCUGGAGCAGGCAGAGCUGGAAAAACGGGAAUUAAUGGAGCUGCUGAGGGGCCUGAAGAAGGACUGUCGAUUAACUACUACAGGAGCAAGCAAGAAGUCUACAAAUUUCCGCCCUCUGACACGAGUAGAGAGUGUAAAACGAAAACCUAGGGAAGUUACAGUUAUCUAAGCAGAAACAAGUGCAAAAAGCAUUAUUUUCUCAUUUCUGUGACUAUCUGGCUAACUUUUCUACGAAUGCUUGGUAAACUUUAUAUAAUUUCUGAUUUACUUGCUUUC